UUGCUCUGUUCUGCUUUGUUCCGCUUGCCUCCUAAACCCACGGCCGAGACACUGAUCGAACUUUUUGAGCGACAGAAGCUCAAUAUAAUUAUAUUAAUCGUGACCACUUUCGACAUCUACGCUGUGCAUGCAUGUACGCGUGUUGAAUCGUUAAACUUUAAUCUGGAUCAUUCCCAACUAUGACGUUUUACGCUAACAAAGAUCCGCGCACAAGGCGUUUCGAUGUUGAAGCGAAGAAAGAAGAGGAACAGCCGAAAGCAAUUUUGGAGGACUACCUGCUCGACGAUGAAACCCCUAAGCCUAAAGGGCCGAAAACUCCACCGCACCCAGCCCCUGCUGCAGUGCCUGUGGUCCCUUCGGUGCAGCCUACAUGGCCCACGACUGUAGCACCACCAACAGAGGCGCCAGGUGGCCAGCCCCCUGCAGGCUACCCUCCAGGUUAUCCCCCGAACUAUGCCCAGCAGCCAGGGCAGCAGUACCCUGGCUACGCCGGCUAUUACAAUCAGUAUGACUAUUCUCAGCAACAGCAACAGUAUCCAGGGUACAACUACUACCCUGGCUAUGGUCCGCCACCAACCUGGGCGCCUCCGACAAUUCCGCCCGCGGCGGUGCCUCCUCCUGCCAUGCCCGACCUGUCGAAACCGCCUCCGAUCGUCACUCCUGCAGUGCCGCCUACGGUCUCUCGCACUCCUCCUCCCAGGGAUGAGAGGGAUAAGAGCCGAGACAACCGCGAGAGGGAGAAGGAGAGGCCAAGGGAGAGGAUCAGAGAGAGGUCCAGGGAGCGAGGAAGGGAGCGCGACCGGUCGAGAGAGAGGGACAGAUCCAGGGAAAGGGACCGCUCAAGGGAGCGCGUCAGGGACAGAGAAAGGUCGCGCGAAAGAGACAGGGUAAGGGACCACUCAAGAGACAGAGGCAGAGAGAGGAGCAGAAGAGAGCCCAAAGUCCGUGAGAAGUCGAGAGAGAGGUCAAGGGACAGCUCCCGUGAGAGGUCUGUCGAGGCCAAGAGGGAGAAAGAGCGCCAGAAAGACAAAAGUAGAGAUGAAUCUGCUGAGAAGUUGAAGAAGCUCACUGAAAGUGUCAUGAUCCAAAAGGGAAAAUACAUGAAGCAGUUUGAAAUGCUCAAGCACCAACUAAAGAUACUGAAAGACCAACAGAAUGAAUUGAUGCAGGAGCGCGGAAAGGAGACUGUGUUCAUUUUGCAAGAGAAUUUGAAACUUCAGGAGGAGGUGAAGAAGAAACUCGAGAGCAUAAGCGAGCUGAUCAAAAAGCUGGACAAGGUGCUACUCUCCAGCAAGAAGAAGAAGGAAAGCAGAAGCAGGAGCCGCAGCAAGGAUCAGAAGAAUCUUGACAAAGGGAGCGAAAACAGCAGCGACGAUGACGAUGAUGAUGAUGAUGAUGCAAGCACCAAGGGCAAAGAUGUGGACAAGCAGAGGCCAAAGUACAAUCUUAAAUUUUUCGAUCCAGAGGAGUAUUGGUGCCGAGUGUGCAACAUAUUCCCGGACAAUGCCAAGGAGUACCUCCACCAUCUUCAUUCUCAAGAACACAAACAUGCCAUGGCUGAAAUAAAUUUGAUAGAAGCUUCCUGGCAUGACUACAACCCUGAGAGACCGAGACCAGAACUGCAGGGAGUGCCUGAGAAGCGAGUACCAAUUCGAGGUCUUCAGUUCCUUAUCGCUGCCACUGCCUGGUACUGCAAGCUGUGCCACAAGUGGAUGGGAGAUUUGCACUGCACUUCCCUUCAUCUCAAGUCUGAUCUGCAUAUUAACAAUGUUGAGGCUUACUUUGAAGACGACCCAGAGUGGGAAACCACCUGGCGCAAGGACCGCGAGAAGGCGCUGAAACAGGCAAUGCAGGAUGCCAAAAGCAAAAAGGCCAAGCCCGCUGAGCCUGAGGACGUGUCGACGUCGUCCAAGUUCACCCCUCGCUCGGAGAACUCUUACCAGGAGAAACCAGCCAACAGCCCUAAGCUGGAUGAGGCAAACGCCAAGAGCGUGCGAGUGGCCAUGCGCAACAAAUCAAAGGGCCUGACGCCGAUGGGCCCCGCCAUCCCGCCCAACCACCCCCUCAUCAGUCACCCCGUGAGCAAACUGAGCACCUUCUGGGGAAAUACGACCAAGAAGGAGGCAGAUUCUAAAAAGGCUGCCCCUGAGGAUGAAAAGCACAAGCAAAAAAGGAGCCGCAGCUCCUCUGUUGACUCGCUGGAAGCUCGACGCAGAGCCCGCGGCGUCCGGGCGCGAGACAGACGCAGCCGCAGCAGGGACAAGCGCAGUCGGAGCCGCGACCGGCGCCGCAGCAGACGCUCGAGGAGCGCGUCGACGCCGCCAAAGAGGGAGAUGAGGAAGUGGGUGGAGAUCCCGUCGUCGCCGCCGCCCUACAUUGUGCGCAAGACGGAGGAAAAGGACAAAAUCGACAAGAUGAAGAAGAAGCCAGCGCCGGUGGUGGCCAAGGAGCUGCCCAAGAGCAAGUUCGGCUUCAUCGGCAAGAUGCCGGUGCUCAAGGCCAAGAAGAAGGCAGAGAAUGAAGCGCAGCAGGCCAGUAUGAGCGGCGACCCAUACGAGUACUACGCGUACAACGCCUACCUCGCGUCCAACCAGGCGGAACCGGCCGCCGACAAUGCUGAACAGGCUGCCUGUGUCGACAUGGAGGUUGACAAUGGUGAUGACAACGUCACCAACGGCGGUGAGGCCACCCCCAAAAUGGAAUCCUUAAAGAAGAUUGAGGAACUGGAUGAAAUGGCCUUGCUGGGAAUCGAUCCUGAGGAUAUCAUGGCCCAAAUCAUGUGAAGAAAUUUUCUGACCUUUGCGUUUGAGAUGGAUUUUGUACAUGUAGACCGAGUGCUGGCUCAUUCUAGGACUUGGCAUGCAUUUUCAUUUAUUAAAGUAAGUCUAACUGAAUCUAAUAAAAAAUGGUUCUCAUUUUUUGCUCAA